AUGUUCCUGAUGCCAAGGUUGCAGUUCCACCUCAAAAGGCAGCUGAAGCUGCCCCUAUUCCUAUUCUUCUACCUCUUGUUCCACCACCAGAGGAGAAAAAGCCAGCAGAAAAAAAGAUUCCAGUAAAGAAAGUCUCCAAAAAGGUGGUUAAAAAAGGUCCUGAAGAAGUUCCACCACCAAAAGUUCCUGAGGUGCUGCCAGAGAAGCCCAAAGAGAUCAAAAUAACAUCCAUCGCAAGGAGAGAAGAGAUUCAUGAAGAAGAUAAGGAAAUAUAUGAAAAGCCCAAGGAACCUUAUGAAGAAUGGGAAGAAGAUUAUGGAGAAGACCAUGAAUAUUAUGUCAAGGAAGAAGGCUAUGAUGAAGGGGAAGAGGAAUGGGAAGAAGCUUAUGAGAAAAGAGAAGUGACUUAUGAAGAAAAACGAGUCAUUCAUGAAGUUGUUGAAGUUCCUAAGAAGCCUGUGCCUGAGAGAAAACCACCAACAAUUACAGCUGAAAAGAAGGAAAAGAAAGAAGUAACAGUUCAUAAAGUGCCUGAAGUGCCCAAGAAAGUUCCAGAAAAGAAAGUACCUAUCCUUGUACCUAAAAAGCCAGAACCUGCACCAGCCAAAGUGCCAGAAGUGCCCAAGAAAGUCACAGAUGAGAAAAUACCAGUGGUGGAGCCUAAGAAACCAGCAGUUCGACCAGCUAAAGUGCCUGAGGUACCACAGAAAGUGAUCCCAGAAGAGGUUUCAGUUAAAGUACCAAAGAAACCAGAACCUCCACCAACUAAAGUGCCUGAGGUGCCCAAGAAAGUUGUUUCUGAAGAAAAAGUACACAUUGAAGUUCCUAAAAAACCAGAACUUCCACCAACUAAAGAACCUGAGGUGCUGAAGAAAGUUGUUCCAGAAAAGAAAAUACCUGUGCCUAAAGAACCAGAACCUGUGGUUGUCCCAGAACCAGAGGCUGCACCUGAAGAACCAGAACCUGAAACAGUGGCCAAGACAACUUUUCCAGAAAAGAAAGUACCUCUUCCAGUUUCACAAAAAACAAAGCCCACUGCAGGACCCCCAGAACAAAAGCCUCAAGAGGUAAAACCUCAAGAACCAGAACCUGCUAGAGUGGCCCGGAAACAAAAGCCUGUUGUGGAACCCCAAAAAACAGAGUAUGUUGUGGCAUCUGAGGAGCCUAAGACUGUUUUGGCACCUCAAGCAACAGAAUAUGUUGUGGCAUUCCAAAAAGCAGAGCGUCUUGUGAUGCUUGAGAAAGAAGAGUUUAUUGUGGUACCUGAAGAACCCAAGCAUGAUGUGGCAUACCAAAAAACAAAGCAUGGCAUGAUGCCCCCAGAAGAAAAGCCUCUUGUGGAACCCCAAAAAACAUUCAUGGCCCCUGAGGAACCUGAGCUCAUUGUGGCACCUAAGGAGUCAGACACAGUUGCAUUAACCCAAAAAUCAGAGCAUUUUGUGGUGCCCCCCCAAAGAAAAUCUUUUGUGCCAUGCCAAAAAACAGAGCUUGUUGUAGCAACUGAAGCAACAGAGUUUGUUGCAGAUUUCCAAAAAUCAGUGCAUAUUGAAGAGUCCAGAAAAUCGAAGCAUGUUGUGGCAGCUGGCAAGCCAGAACCUGUCAUGGUGCCUGAGGAACCAGAACCAGUUUUAGCACCCCAAAAGCUAAAGCCUUCUACAGCACUUCAAAAACCAAAGCCUGAAGUGGCAUCUAAAGAACCAAAGCCUCUUCUGGCACCUGAGGAACCACCACCAGCCAAGUUGACCGAAAAGCAAGAGAGUGUUGCUCUACCUAAAAUACGAGCAGCUGCACAGCCUAAAGAGUAUGCAAUGCCAGAAAAGGCUGUCCCAGAAGAGAAAAUUCCUGUAGCUGUUCCUGAAAAGUCAGAACCUCCAUCAGUCAGAG